GCAGGAUACGAGUAUUAGUGAACGUCAGCAGAGCGGCGCUCUUGGUUCGGUGGAGUAGUGGUGUGUGAUAUACGUGUGUACCGUGGGUUAGAACCUGAGUGCAGACUGCAGAGUACACCGCGCGCUGCAGCCAGCUAACUCCUAGGAGGAAAACCGUGCCACCGUGCCGACCGAUUGUCGUGCUUUCCUCCUGGACCCGUCCGCCUUGCCCAAAGUCAUCGGGACAACGACGAGAGUUAGCUGCCUCAGUAGCAACACGUUGAAACGAGCGUUGUCGCCAACAUAAGCCUGGAAGCAUGUUUAUCUGGGACUGGUUCACCGGGGUUCUCGGAUACCUUGGCCUAUGGAAGAAGAGUGGUAAACUGUUGUUUCUUGGACUGGAUAAUGCUGGAAAAACAACAUUACUCCACAUGCUUAAAGAUGAUCGACUCGCACAACAUGUACCCACAUUGCAUCCAACAUCUGAAGAAUUAUCUAUUGGUAACAUGAGGUUUACAACCUUUGAUCUUGGUGGUCACACUCAAGCAAGGAGAGUCUGGAAAGACUACUUUCCAGCUGUAGAUGCAAUAGUUUUUUUAGUAGAUGCAAGUGACAGAUCACGGUUACCAGAAUCUAGAGCAGAGUUGGAUGCCCUCUUGACAGAUGAGCAACUGAGUGCGUGCCCAGUGCUUGUUCUUGGUAACAAAAUUGAUAAACCAGGUGCAGCAUCUGAAGAUGAACUUAGACAAUUCUUCAAUCUUUUUGGACAAACGACUGGAAAGGGUAAAAUUCCACGCAGUGAUAUUGCAGGCCGCCCAUUGGAAUUAUUCAUGUGUUCGGUACUGAAGAGGCAAGGCUACGGUGAAGGUUUUCGCUGGCUUGCGCAGUACAUAGACUGAACGCACGUAACGGAAAUAUACACUUCAACUCCCUAGUAAUUCAUAAUUUCAAGUUUCGGUACAUUCUUCAUACGAGGCGUUAGUACGACAGGAUAAAUUUAAUUUUUACGGAAAAAUCGAUAUCGUUAAUUAGAUGAGGUGAGGGUUUUUGGUGAAUUCAAAACACAAGUCAGGAACAUUGUGUAUGAUGGUGGUGAUGAUGAUGACGCUGUUUAACUGUAGUUGUAAGAUUGAUUCCUGUGGUAUUAAGGCCGCCACGACUCGAGAUAAUUCUUUACAGUGAAAAUGAAUUCUAAAGAAUUCUUUGAAAUUUUUAUUCUAAAUAAAAAUCUACUUCAGUAAAAACUGUCGCACGCUAAGGAGUGGUUGAAACAUUUUGAUAAUGAAAAUCGCUAAUAAAGUAAUUAUUUAAGAAGUCCAGAUAUCUUUACAGCUUAUUUUAUUACAUAUGCUAUAAAGCAGAUUAUAAGAGUUUUAAAUGCUUUCAUAAAGUUACUUUUUUAUCCAUAGAAUACGUAAUUCGCAACAACUUCGUUGCACAUACACGUUAUUGAUUCGUGUUAUCGAUUGUAAAAUGAAACCUAAAUAUUUUUAACGUACUAAUAAUUUAACUGAUAUUAAAUGUUGUUUACUACUUUUUAUUGUAUCAAUAUUGUUUUAGUUCAUUAAUUCAACAAUGGAUGACAUUCACUGUUUAUGGUAUUUUUCAAAAACUUUGGGAUUUUGGUUAUAGUACACAUACUUAGAUUUAUAAAAAAAACCUAAAUUCAUUUUUCAAUUCCAAUUUCUGACAACUUAUUUGAAGAUAGUUAAACUAUCACAUAAAUUUUCCAAUUAUAACGUGGAACCAUUUCUAUUUUGCGUGAGAGACAUCUAAUUUUAGCCAAUUUUCUUGAUUGUUACUUUAAACAAACGAAUAUGCGAGUGAGUACACGAACUAGCAAGAAUUAUUGUAAAAAGACAAUUGAUGCUUUAUGUUGAUUGUGUGAUUGAUUUACUCAGUAAUGACUGAUAUAUAUUUGUGCAUCUGCAAUAGUUAUAAGGUACUUAACGAGCAUUAUUU